CAGCCUGACGCCCGUGGAGGGACAGCCACCGGCCACGAGCCGUCCUGACUUGGCGAAGCGGGUGCUCGGCGGGACGGGGAGCAGCGGCAGGUAGGGCUGCCGGGGGUGGCAUCCCCCUUCCCUUGCCAGGGCACCAUCAGGGCAUCGCUCUUGCUCCCCAAAAAGCAACAGUUUAAGAACAGCACUGCUGAGAGUGGCUUGUGGUUGGAGUUGUGUUAUAUUUUGGGGAGCUUCCACAUGGCUGUAGGUCCCUCCUGUCCCUUGAGUGGUUUCAGAGCCCGUGAGCAGCAGUCCAGAGCUCUGCUGGGGUUCAUUUCUGUGCUGAUGCUGUGCCUGCCAUCCUGGCAGCAGAAUCACCCAGGGCUUGGAGGGGCAAAGGGAGUGGGCAGAGAGGAUGGGGGGUUCUCUCUCCCCCUUCUUGGUUCAAGCAGCAGUGUGGCUGCAGUGCUUGAGUGAUUCUAUUCCAAAAGUUACCAGCUUUUUUGAGAAGCCUUGUCCUGAUGGUGUUUCCAGGAAAUUUUUGGAGGUGAGGAAAGGAGAUGUUGGAAGGUUGAUUGUUCUUCUCCACCAGAUCUAUGUGCAGGACCCAAACCUGUGAAACUGGACCUGUGUGGGAGGAGGGAUCUGCUCAGUGUGGGAGAGCUGUUCACAUCCUUUGUUAGGUAUAAUCACAGGUUAGUCAGGAUGGGGCCAGUCUCUGCUGUCCAGCACACACAGUCCUGAUUCCUCAUCCCUCCUUGGGUCACCAGCUCUGUAACUGGCCCCUGGGGUGCAUGGAUGAUGCUUGGGGGUUUUCCAAAGCAAAGCCUGGUAUUUGAAGUGGAAAUGGGACAGGGGAGGAAGGGACAUCAGCAGGCGCCUGGUACAGGUAGGAUGUGCCGAGAGUGGCCACAGAGGCUGGGACUCAAUGCUGGCAUUGUCAGACCCUGCCAUGGUCCUUGCAAGGUGUUCCUGCAGGAAGAAAGGCUCCGGAGCCUUGGGCUCCUGCAGGUAACGCAGGAUUGAGCUCGAACUCUGCUUUUCUUCUUCCUCCCUUUGUGUUCUUUUCGCUUUUUCUUCUCCGCUGCUUCUUUCCUCUUUUGUCCAAAGCCCUUUGUUUUCUUCCCCUUUUCCUGCUCCCGUUUUGCCAGUCCUCCUCACCCCAGCUCCGGGAGCAGACAGAGCACUGCUGGGACAUUUGUGGCACCACCUGGACACGGUACAUUUGCAGUGGGGUGUCCCAGGGUGUCCUUGGCCACGCCGUGCUCAGGGAACUGCAGCUCCCCUGAGUGCCAUGAAAUCCCCGGUCGGCAGCAGGGUGACAGGGAUGGGACACACCGUGUCUGGAAUGCCAGAGGUCUGAACUGUGCGGUGUCAGACAAACCAGCAUGGGAACGUGCCCGGUGCCGUCCCUGUGUGCUGCUCUGGCGGCACCCACGGGAGCACCGGCAGCGGAGGAGCAAGGGAGGGAGCGGGUGGGGAAAGGGAAAGAAAAGGUUCCCGGCGGGGCUCGGCGAAGCAGUUAUCAGCUCUUUGUCGGAGCUUCAUUCCCCCUGGAGCUGCAGCUGGCACCUACCUGUGCGGCGGGCACGUCCUCGCUCCUCUCUGCGGUCUCGGUGGCCCUGAUGCCAUAAGGGACUGUCCCCGUGUCAGAGUCCAGGCUGGCUGAGGUCCCACCGUGCCCCUGCCGUCCUGGGCAGCUGCCAUCCCGUGCCCUGCCACACUGCCAGGGCACUGCGAGGAUUCACGGAGCUGCUGGCUGUGCAGCCAAGGAAUGCAGACAGCUCGACACACGAUGGUGCAGAUAAUUUAAAUUAAAUUUUAAUCCAGCAUGAAUUAAUACUGUGGCAUUAACAAUUCUUCAUCAGUACCAAUUACAGUACAUUAGCUGCUACUGCUGGAGAGCACAAUAGUCUCUAAUAUGCGUCAUUAAUGUGUAACAGAUCCCUCUGGGUCAUGCCUUACCCACCCUAGAUAAAAGCAGCAAUGGAGGCGGGCAGGGGUUUGCAGCCAGCGCACCCCUUUGGGGCUGGCUCUUACUCCAGGGCUAUCAUGGUCCCAGUGGCACCGUGAUCCUGUGGCACUGCUGCUGGGGUUGGCAGGGGCCCCUCCAGCCUCAGCCAGGGUCAGGUUUAGCACUGCCACCUGCAGAGCCCCUCUCCCAGCUGAGCACAGUGUCCUCGUCCAUCCACAGAGGCCAGAGGCUCUCAAACAUCUGGAGGAUGGCAAUGGUGGUCUGCAGGCAGCGUCUGCAGGGCGAGAUGGCACGGCGGGCACUGGCGCUGGCACUCUGCCUGUCCCUGUCUGCGGUGGCAUCUGCCGACUGUGUCACCCAGUGCUCCCUCUGCGCAGCCCAGAGCCGCGGUGCCGAGAGCAGCGUCCAGCCCCUGAUGUGCCUGUGGGAAUGCCAGGGCUCCUUGUCACCCGGCCCCGAGUGGGAGAUGUGCAGGAAGGCGCUGGCGCUCCUGGCCCCGCUGGUGGCCCUGGCCGAGGGGACAGAGCCAUCCCCACAGGAGGCAGAGGAGGAUGAGGCAGAGCCAGAGCAGGCUCUGGGCGCUGCAGAGCUGCCACCAGCGCCGGCCAAGCGCUACGGGGGCUUCAUGAAGAUGAUGUCCAAGGCGAAGCUGCUGUCCCUGCUCCGCGAGAACGCUCACAGCAAGGGCGGCCUCAGCAAGAAGUCCGGGGGCUUCGGCCACAAGCCGGGCGAGCGAGCGGCCCCCGAGGACUACCCGGGGCCGGCAGGGGACGGGGAUGGGGACGAGGAGCCCACGGGGGCCGAGGGGCCGGAGCUGCACAAGCGCUACGGGGGCUUCCUGCGCCGCAUCCGGCCCAAGCUCAAGUGGGACAAUCAGAAGCGCUACGGGGGCUUCCUGCGGCGGCAGUUCAAGGUGACCACGCGCUCGGACGAGGACCCCAGCGCCUACUCAGGGGAGGUCUCAGACCUAUAGAGCCAGGCAUGGCUCCCCGCACUGCCACUGCCACCCCGACCGUGCCAUCGCCCCCAGCCCUGUCCCCUGCCCGGCCCGGUGUCACCCUUGCCUCAUUCGCUCAGGGGACCGUGAGUUCCGUCCCAUUGUCCCUCUCUGGUUCACCUGCCCAUCCUGUGUGCAGGAGGGGACAGUGCCACUCCGGCUGCUGGUGGAGUGGCUGUGGCCCAGCCCAGGGUUCCCGGGGGUAUUGCUGGGGACACAGAUCCUCCAUCCUCCCGUGGCUGCCGGAGCACAGCAGGGUCUGCAAACCACCAGAGCUGAGCUACAGGGCAGGGGGCUCCGAGCACUGGGAAGGAUGAACCAGGGCAGGACCGGGGAGGCCACGGGCAGAGGUGGCUGGUGAAACCACAGCACCAUCACCAGGUGUUCAAGCAGUGCUGAGCCCAGCCCUCACUCCCCACCCCGAGCUUCUCACAGUGUCCCACCGAUCCCAGCACCCUCCUGGUGCCCCUGGGCUCCCCCUCCAAGAGCGACUCCAGAGGCAGGGUCAGCCCCAAGCCCCAACACCCAACUCCCCCCGCAGUCAAUAAAAGGCAGAUGCCAACGAA